AGAGAGAGAGAGAGCUGAAUGCAGUCCAGCCUCUCUGCGCUGUGAAGCAGUCCGACACUGAAGGACGCGGAGAGAGGAGCGCACAGCAGAGGAGGAUCAUAAAAGAGGAAUAAAGAAGAAGAAAAGCUAUUCUUCCUGUAUGUCUCUCGCUCGCUCUCUCUCUCUUUGAGCCACUGGAUAAAGAGGAUAAACUGCAGCAGGAGGUGAAGCAAUAGGAGGAGGAGGAGGAGGAGGAGGUGCUGGAGGUCCGUGUGUUGGUUUCUCCUCUCGCACCGUCGGCCCGAGGAGGCUCACGGUGUCAUUGCGACAGUGUGUGUGUGUGUGUGUGUGUGUGUGUGAACUCUCAGGUGGAUUUGGAGUAAACCUUUGAUUCUGGAUCACGAGGAGGAGUUUGCUUGCUGGUGUUUUGUCUGUUGCACCUCCUUUUUUUUUCUCCUCCUGCUCUCUCUCUCUCUCUCCGGUGCAGACGUCUGUGCCGGCUCUCUCACUCGGUCGAGGGACUACCGCUCUCUCCCUCUCUCCCUCCCUCCCUCUCCUCCAGCCCUCAGCCGGCACUAACUGAGCCGGCACUCCGACUGCCGUUCACCGGCUCGCCCACGGAGAGGAGGAGAAGCAGAUGGAUCUCGUCAGAUCCUCCUCAGCGUGGCGUCAGCAUACAUCAUUUCCCAGAAUGCCACAGGUGUGAGCCCACCAGGUGACCCUACUGAACCAGCCUCACCGCCCCCUCGGCCAAUCAGCACGUCUUCCUCAGUGGCGCCAUGGCAACCGCAUCCAUUCAAAGAUCCAGCGGUCCCCAGCUGCUGCACUGAGGACAGCGAGGAAAAGGAUUCUGGGUGUUUGUCUGGAAGGAUUUCUGCUUUUUUUGGAGCUCUGAUGCAAAAAACCCCCGAACAGGACCGAGUCUCGACGCAGUGGAUGUAAUUUCAUUUGAGUAAACUGGACAAUUAAAAAAAAGAGUUUUUACCAGAUCUUGCGAGAUGUCGGCUCACAGGAGGUGAUGCUCGUUCUGCCAUGUAGCCGCAACGACCUGCAGAAACUUUUCCUCCGAACGCGGCCAUUUUUAACAAGCUGCUGGAUGUACGGCCGCUCGAAACAGAAAGAAAACACACACCGGAUGAGCUGAGCGAGGAGUUACAAAGUGCUACCAGGGUCAACCGACCAGAGAGGGAGAGGAGAGGCAGGAAGGAGGGAGAGGGUGAGGCAAGACGAGAGGAAAAGACUGAGUGAGAGGUGGCGGUACAGGCAGCCAGCAGACCAUUCUCCAUGAGGAGCAGUGGAAGAUGCCGGCUCUGCCAGCACUGCUGCUGUCGAUUUACGUCGUCAACCUGCUGCUGACCACGGCACCGCUCUCCUUCAGCCAGGCCAACAUCCUCUCUGCCGUCCGGAUGGCGGCCAUUUUGGAUGAUCAGUCAGUGUGUGGUCGCGGUGAGCGUCUGGCGCUGGCUCUGGCGAGGGAGAACAUCAACAGUCUGAUGGAGGGCUCCUCCCGGGCGAGGGUGGAGGUAGACGUCUACGAGCUGCAGAAGGACUCCCAGUACGACACCACUGAAACCAUGUGUCAGAUCCUGCCGAAGGGCGUGGUCUCAGUGAUUGGCCCCGCCUCCAGCCCCGCCUCCGGGUCCACCAUCAGUCACAUCUGUGGGGAGAAAGAGAUCCCCCACGUGAAGAUCGGCCCGGAGGAAACCCCAAAGCUGCCGUACCUCCGCUUCGCCUCGGUGACACUGUACCCGAGCAACGAGGACCUGAGCCUGGCCAUCGGGUCCAUCCUGCGCUCCUUCGGCUACCCGACGACGAGCCUCGUCUGUGCCAAAGCGGAGUGCCUGCUGCGAUUGGAGGAGCUCGUCCACCGCUUCCUCAUCUCCAGGGAGACGCUGUCGGUGCGAAUGCUGGACGACAGCCUGGACCCGACCCCGCUGCUGAAGGAGAUCCGUGACGACAAGGUGGCCACCAUCAUCAUCGACGCCAACGCCUCCAUCUCCUACCACAUCCUCAGGAAGGCGAACGAGCUCGGGAUGACGUCGGCCUUCUACAAGUACAUCCUCACCACCAUGGACUUCCCUCUGCUUCAGCUGGAUGACGUGGUGGACGAUCAGUCCAACAUCGUGGGCUUCUCCAUGCUGAACAGCAGCCAUUACUUCUACCUGGAGUUCAUCAGGAGCCUCAACCUGUCGUGGAAGGAAGGCUGCGAUGUCAGCCCGUACCCGGGACCAGCGCUGUCGUCGGCGCUGAUGUUCGACGCAGUCCAUGUGGUGGUGAGCGCCGUGCGGGAGCUGAACCGCAGUCAGGAGAUCGGAGUGAAGCCGCUGAGCUGCAGCUCGCCGCUCAUCUGGCAGCACGGGACGAGCCUCAUGAACUACCUACGCAUGGUGGAGUACGAUGGUCUGACGGGUCACAUUGAGUUCAACAGCAAAGGCCAGAGGACCAACUACACCCUGAAGAUCCUGGAGAAACACCCCGGGGGCCAUAAAGAGAUCGGUACCUGGUACUCCAACAACACGCUGGCCAUGAACUCCACGUCCCUGGACCUCAACGCAUCAGAGACACUGGCUAACAAGACGCUAAUCGUCACCACAAUACUGGAAAACCCGUACGUGAUGCGGAGGUCCAACUACCAGGACUACCAGGGCAACGACCGGUACGAGGGUUUCUGCGUGGACAUGCUGCGGGAGCUGGCGGACAUCUUGAAGUUCUCCUUCAAGAUCAAGCUGGUGGACGACGGGCAGUACGGAGCCCCGGAACCCAACGGCAGCUGGACCGGCAUGGUGGGAGAGCUGAUCAACCGGAAAGCCGAUCUGGCGGUCGCUGGCUUCACCAUAACCUCGGAGAGAGAGAAGGUGAUCGAUUUCUCCAAACCCUUCAUGACGCUGGGGAUCAGCAUCCUCUACCGGGUUCAUCUGGGUCGUAAACCAGGUUACUUCUCCUUCCUGGAUCCGUUCUCUCCGGCUGUCUGGCUCUUCAUGCUGUUGGCCUACCUCGCUGUCAGCUGCGUCCUCUUCCUCGCCGCCAGGCUCAGCCCCUACGAGUGGUACAACCCUCACCCGUGUCUGCGGGAGCGGCGAGACGUCCUGGAGAACCAGUACACGCUGGGGAACAGUCUGUGGUUCCCGGUGGGCGGCUUCAUGCAGCAGGGCUCAGAGAUCAUGCCCCGGGCCCUGUCUACCCGCUGCGUCAGCGGGGUCUGGUGGGCGUUCACCCUCAUCAUCAUCUCGUCCUACACAGCCAACCUGGCGGCGUUUCUCACCGUCCAGAGGAUGGAGGUUCCCAUUGAGUCUCCGGACGACCUGGCCGACCAAACCAACAUCCAGUACGGGACCAUCCACGGAGGAUCCACAAUGACCUUCUUCAUGAACUCGCGGUACCAGACGUACCAGCGGAUGUGGAACUACAUGUACUCCAAGCAGCCCAGCGUGUUUGUGAAGAGCACCGAGGAAGGCAUCGCGCGAGUCCUCAACUCCAAGUACGCCUUCCUGAUGGAGAGCACCAUGAACGAGUACUACCGCAGCCUCAACUGCAACCUCACGCAGAUUGGAGGACUGCUGGACACCAAAGGAUACGGCAUCGGCAUGCCUCUGGGCUCUCCGUACAGAGACGAGAUCACUCUGGGGAUCUUACAGCUGCAGGAGAGCAACAGGCUGGAGAUCCUGAAGAGACGCUGGUGGGAGGGAGGACAGUGUCCCAAAGAGGAGGACCACCGAGCCAAAGGUCUCGGGAUGGAGAACAUCGGUGGGAUUUUCGUGGUUCUGAUCUGCGGCCUCAUCAUCGCCGUCUUUGUGGCCAUUAUGGAGUUUGUGUGGUCGACGCGUCGCAGCGCCGAGACGGACGAGGUAAUCCAUCAUCAUCAUCCUCCUACUCCUCUUCCUCUCUCGUCCUCCUCCUCCUGCCCCGCCCCCGGCCUCAACCUCAGCUCAAACACCUCAGUCUCUGUUUGUCAGGAGAUGCUGACAGAGUUUCGAAACGCCGUCUCCUGUAAGAAGAGUUCUCGUUCUCGUCGCCGGCGGCCUCUGAGCAGCACCGGGGGCGGAGUCCUGCGUCACCCGUCCCGCCUGGCGCUGGCUGCCCCGCGCCCCAUCCGCCUGGUCCGUGAGAUGCGUCUCAGCAACGGCAAACUGUACAGUGGCGCCGGCCCGCUGACGGGCGGGCUGGCGGGGAUGGGGGGAGGUAUGGGAGCAGGGCCUGAUUUGGGCCCGGGGCCACAGAGGCUCCUGGAGGACCCGUUAGGCGCCAACGCCACCACCAGCACGCCGCCUCCCCCUCCUCCGACGUUGGCUCCUCCCGCCCCACCGCGCAGCUUCCUGCAGGGCUGCAGCCACGUGCGGAUCUGCCAGGAGUGCCGGCGGAUCCAGAGCCUGCGGCCCGCCACGCUCACGCCUCCCCCGCCUCCUCCCCCCUCCUCAUCCUCCUCCGCCUCCUCCUGCUCCCGGGUCCCUCCCUCCGGGCCGACGCCAGGUCACCACCACCGCCACAACCCCCACCACCACCUCCAUUACCACCACGGCUCCAUGUCGCUGCCCCGCCUCCCGCCGCCGCCGCCCCCGAUCCCGGCGGACAGAGCCGACAGCGACGGGGGCGGGGGGACAGGGAGCCCCCAGCGGGGAAAUACCAAACCGCAGCCACCGCCCAGACCAAUGCCCCCGCCCAAGACGCCAACGCGGCCGCCGACAGACUUACUCGGGGGGCACGACUGAGCGGAGUGAUGCUGUACGGGCCACCAGGGGGGUCAAAGGUCUUUUAAACCCUCAGUGAACUUUGUGGCCCACAGCUGGGUCAGUCCAAACCGGCCAAUCAGCAGGGGGGUGGGCGGACCAAACCAUUCUGACUCCAUUAAAACAAAGCCACUUCGGCUCAGCGGAUCAUACCAGUAACCUUUCCACGGGGGGGGGGUCGGGGGGUCGGAUGAAACCACUCUGAAUCAAACAGUUCGGAUCACACCAGCUGAGGCGUUCGGAGCAGGACUGCGGAGGAUGGACAAACAGGAAGUGGCUGUUAAACGGACGCCAUCCUGGGUCCCGCAGGCGGUCAGUCCUCCACCGCUCGCCUCGGCCAAUCAUCACGCUCCGUGCCAAGACUGAGGGCUGUGCUCAUCAGCGCUCCGAGGUUUCACUGUUUGAAUACUGAACCAGGUGUUUGUACAGGAGACACACACACACACACACACACACACACACACACACACACGCACACACACGCACACACACACACACACACACACACACACACACACACACACACACACACACACACACACACACACACGCACACACACGCACACACACACACACACACACACACACACACACACACACACACACACACACACACACACACACAGUAGCAGAGCAGCUGUACAGUUUUCAUCUGUCAAUCAUCUGGACGUCUCUGGAGGAUGUAGCUCAACCCGGUCGCCGACCUGAACUGACCAACUGGUGCUGUGAUCAAUACUCCCCUGAAGCAGCUGACGAUGACGAUGAUGAUGAUGAUGAAGGUUAAACUGUGGGACUGAUGGAUAAAGGAAAAUGGAAACAUGUUUGAGCUGUUUACAGUUUUUAUUUACGAUGAUAUUAAACAUUUCAGAAUGAUUUUCUGGUCCUGAAACACCUGGAAAUGUAUUAAAACAACGGCUCCGAACUGCCUUUUAGCUUUAGAGGAGCUACAGUCAGGCUAGCUGUUUCCCCUCGCUUCCAGUCACUAUGCUAAGCUAGGCUAACCACGUCCAUCUGAAAAUCGCCCUCAGAACAAAAAAUCUGUGCAUUUUCCAAAAUGUUGAACUAUUCCUCUUAAGCCUCCAAAGUCAGACGGAUCCCACGUAGCCAGAUUAGCUUAGCAUAAAAAAGGGGCUCAACCUCAGAGCAUCUGUCCUCUGUUGCUAACGAGAGUUUAUCCCCCAACCCGAGAACCAGAGUCGGGUUGUGCUCCAAAUUUGUGCCAAAAAUAGUUCGGUGAGUGAGACUCCGACUGCGAGGGACUGUGUGAAAGUUAUAUUGGACGUUUUAGAUGUUUUUGGGAGGGGCUUUUUUUUAUGUUCCCACAGCUGAUUAAUAUUUUGUUGUUAUUUUAUUCUAAUUUCUCUUCUAAUGUGAAAACCAGACAAUAUUCUCUCCAUAAAAUGUGAUCCAGUUUCACCCAAGUCUCUGAUACAGUUGUGUGUUUGUACAGUGAUCCGUGAGCUCCGCCAGAACUAAUGAAUCUUCGCUCUGUGUCUCUAAAAGUUGCAGAUUGAUCGACGAGUGAAUGUCAGAUAUGAUUGGUUGAGAUCAGUUAGUUCAUGCUGACGUAAGCACGCGUCACAUUAAGUUUUACAGGAAGAAAAUUGAGUUUUUCUGAAUGUUUUUAGCAUAAAUUGUUAAAUAUUGGAACAAUAUAACUGAGGAUGUGAUCUUAAAGGGUUAAAGUGACAUUUUUAGUUUCUUUAAAUGCUUUUGUUUUUAUAUUGAAACAAGUUGUAGCAAUUCAAUAUGGCUGUAUAAUUAUUAUUAAAAUGUAAUUUUCAUACAGUCCCUGAAAGGAGAGAAACUAACCUCAGUACAGUACAGUGUGUAUUUAAAGUGCAGGCUGCUCACACACACACACACACACACACACACACACACACACACACACACACACACACACACACACACACACUCACAGGUGAACUUAAAGGAGGAAAAGAAAAUAACUAAAUUUGUGAUUGUAAUUUCCUUCCUGUCCUUUGUGUCCAGUUUGCUUGUUUUUACUUUAUUUUGUAACAUUUUAUUUCCUGUUUUUCUCGCGGUAACCUCGAGUCUUUUUAAAAUCGAUGUCGGAGUUCAGAACUCACCUGUCCAUCAUCCAUACGCCGACAAAUCAAAGUGCUGGUAUCGAUUGUCAAUUCCACGUGUGAUUGCUUUACAGUGCCCCCCCGCCUGCAGGGCCCCGGCUGCGAGGAGCAAAAUGUAAAUCUGCACAUUUUUUAUUGACUUUUAUUGGACAUUGUUUGAAGAGCAGUGCCUGUAGUUCCUGUUUCUUUCUUUAAUUUUUGGGGUUUUUUUGCAUAGAAACUAUUAAAAAAUGAGCCAGCAGCGUCCGAGAGGAAGAAACUGUUCAUGAAAAUGAGUAAAAGCGCACAGGAAUGUCGAUGUAAUGUGACUUUAAGUGUGUGUGUGUGUGUGUGUGUGUGUGUGUGUGUGUGUGUGUGAAUGACGUUCAUCACAUCGUCUGCGGGUUUAUUUCUGCUCCUCCCUUCAGAUUCGAACCAGCAGCUCAUCAGUAGGACGGAGGCGACAGACGGAUAUUAUUCUGAUAUUGUUAUCAUUAUUAUUGAUAUUGACGUGUGGGGUGACUGUAGGAGGGGACCGGCCCUCUGAUGUUCAAUAUAUAGACACACGUUUGGAAUAAAAAAAUACAGUCAAUGUACCAAAAA